AUGGCGAUGAGGAGGGGAUACGCGUUGUUCUCGUUCCUUGCGUGGACGACUUUGUUCACUUCCUCAGUAAGAAGCGAGGAAACGGAGACGAAGGAGUUCGUGUUGACCUUGGAUCACUCCAACUUCACCGAUACUAUCAACAACCACGAUUUCAUCGUCGUCGAGUUCUACGCCCCUUGGUGUGGACACUGCAAGCAACUAGCUCCUGAGUACGAGAAAGCUGCGUCGGAGUUGAGCAGUCACGUGCCUCACGUGGCACUUGCUAAAAUCGAUGCAAGUGAAGAAACAAACAAAGAGUUUGCAACUCAGUACCAAGUUCAAGGUUUCCCUACUCUCAAGAUCUUCAGAAACGGAGGUAAAGCUGUUCAAGAAUACAACGGACCUCGUGAAGCUGACGGUAUUGUUACUUACUUGAAGAAACAAAGCGGACCUGCUUCUUUUGAGAUUAAGUCUGGCGAUGAUGCUUCUGAGGUUGUUGGUGACAAGAAAGUUGGAGUUUUCCCUAAAUUAGCUGGCUCAGAGUUUGAUUCUUUCUUGGCUGUUGCUGAGAAGUUGCGCUCUGACUAUGAUUUUGCACAUACCUCUGAUGCUAAGCUUCUUCCUCGUGGAGACUCUGUGACAGGACCUGUUGUCAGGCUAUUCAAACCCUUCGAUGAACUCUUUGUUGAUUCCAAGGAUUUUGAUGGAGAAGCUUUGGAGAAGUUUGUGAAAGCGAUGUUUUUCAUUAACUUCACCGGAGAAGGAGCUGAGACUCUUAAAUCAAAGUACCGUGAAGUUGCUACAUUCAACAAGGGACAGGGCCUUAGCUUCCUUCUCGGUGAUGCUGAGAACAGCCAAGGCGCAUUCCAGUACUUUGGACUUGAAGAGAGCCAAGUUCCUCUCAUCAUCAUCCAAACUGCUGAAGACAAGAAAUACCUGAAAACAAAUGUGGAGGUUGAGCAGAUUGAAUCAUGGAUCAAGGACUUCAAGGAUGGAAAAGUGUCUCCUCACAAAAAGUCUCAACCUAUCCCUACAGAAAACAACGAGCCUGUGAAGGUUGUUGUUGCUGAGAGCCUUGAUGACAUGGUCUUCAACUCUGGAAAGAACGUGUUGCUAGAAUUCUAUGCACCAUGGUGUGGACACUGCCAAAAGCUUGUUCCAAUCUUGGACGAAGUCGCUGUGUCUUACCAAAGCGACCCAAGUGUUGUCAUUGCUAAGCUAGACGCAACUGCAAACGACUUCCCACGUGAUACUUUCGAUGUGAAGGGAUUCCCAACCAUCUACUUUAGAUCAGCGAGCGGAAACGUUGUGGUGUACGAAGGAGACAGGACGAAGGAAGACUUCAUAAGCUUCAUCGACAAGAACAAGGACACAGCUGAAGAGACUAACGCGGAGGAGAAGACAACCGAGUCCUCUAAGGACGAGCUCUGA